AUGUUCUCCCUCCCCAGAACCUGGCGCCGCUCCGGACCAGCCGACUACAGCAGCGCCGUAAUCCCCCUCGACGAAGCCCACAAACACAGCCACGCCUACCGCCUCCGGCGGCCGCGGCCUAGUACUAGCACCAGCACUAACAUCACCGGCGAUAUUCCACCUUCAGACGAGGAGGAGGAGGAAGCGCGGGGGCGGGGAGUUGGGAAUGGCGGUGAUGGGGCUGAUGAUGUUGAAGGGGAAGAGGAGGAGGAGGAGGAUGAUGACGAGGAUAAGGACGGCGAGGAUGGUGAUACCACGAUGUUGGUCAUGACGAAUGGGGCGGGGGAGUAUAGUGUGGAGGGGUUGAGGAGGGAGGUUAGGAAGGGGAGGAGGGGGGAGGGGUGGACGGGUUAUGAGAUGAAAUCGAAACUUAUCAACAAGGCGAUUCAGGAUAUUGGGAUGGGGACGUAUAACUGGCAGCUUUUUGUGUUGUGUGGGUUUGGUUGGUUUGCCGAUAACCUCUGGAUGCAGGGCGUAUCACUCACCCUCCCCUCUCUCUCCGCCGAGUUUGACGUCUCGGAAAAGUCGGUCCGCUACACGACCUCGUUCCUAUUCAUCGGCCUGUGCUUGGGGAGUUUCUUCUGGGGCAUCGGCUCUGACAUCAUGGGCCGGCGUAUCGCCUUCAACGUAACACUGCUCAUUGCGAGCGUGUUCGGAACCGCGUCCGCCUACGCCUCCAGCUGGACCGGCGUGUGUUUUCUGUAUGCCGCCUUGGGUUUCGGCGUCGGGGGCAACCUGCCAGUAGACGGCGCGCUGUUCCUCGAGUUCCUCCCGGAUGCCUCGAGCUCCCUGCUGACGCUGCUCUCGGUGUGGUGGCCGGUCGGACAGCUCUGCUCGUCGCUCUUUGCGUGGUUCUUCAUCGCCAACUGGCCGGUCGAGCAAGGGUGGCGGCACUUUGUCGCAACCAUCGGCAUCAUCACCUUCAUCAUGUUCCUCGUCCGCUUCUUCCUCUUCCACAUGUUCGAGUCGCCCAAGUACCUGCUUUCUAAGGGCCGGCAGGCCGAAGCUGUUGCUGUGGUCCAAGGGAUCGCGUUCAAGAACGGCAAGAAGACCUGGCUCACCGAAGAGGUCCUGGAUGCCGUGGUCGACGACACUGCACCUUUGCCCCAACGACGCCUGUCCACCCGCAACAUCAUCCGCAACAAGCUGGCCUCGUUCUCCGCUGAGCGCAUCCGGCCGCUGUUUAAGAACCGCAAGCUGGGCCUCACAACCGCCCUGAUCUGGUUCGCCUGGGCCACUAUCGGGAUGGGCUACCCGCUCUUCAACGCAUUUCUACCGCAGUACCUCUCCCACGGCGGCGAUAGCGGCACUGGUAACGGCGGUGAUGGUAUUCCAAGCGGCGACGCCCCCGCCUCCGAAAUCACAGCCGACACCUACCGCGAAUACGCCAUCACCAGUCUCGCCGGCGUGCCCGGCAGUCUCCUAGCCGCCUACUCCGUCGACAUGAAAUCCCCCUUUCUCGGCCGUCGCGGCACGCUUGCCCUAUCAACCUUACUCUCGGCCGUGUUCCUCUUCCUCUUCGUCCGCCUCGGCACCUCGCCGGCCUCACAGCUCUUCUUCUCGUGUGUCGAGGCGUUCGCCCAGAACAUCAUGUACGGCGUGCUGUAUGCGUUCACGCCCGAGAUUUUCCCCGCGCCGGUGCGGGGUGCCGGCACGGGCGUGGCGAGUUUCUUGAACCGUGCGACGGGGUUGAUGGCGCCGAUUAUUGCGGCUACGAUACCUGGGGAUGGGACGACCGCGCCGGUGUAUUUGUCGGGGACGUUGAUUCUGGCGGCGUUUGUGGGGAUUUGUCUGAUUCCGAUUGAGACGAGGGGGAGGCAGAGGUUAUAA